GCCUUUGCGUAAGGCGUCCUGCCGGGGUCGUCUAAGGAUCCACCGGCGGCGGCGGCGGUAGGGGAGGAGAGAGGUUCUGUGUCGGUGUUGUUAGGAAUGGAUUUAGGUUCAUGAUGAUACGGGACAGUUUAAGUUUGGGAAAUGGUUGGCACAGUCCUAAACUUUUUUUUAGCAGUAUAUAUUUUAAACAGUGAAUUGUAUCCUAAGUACAGACAUGCUUUUAAUUAAACGGUUAAUGGUUUCAUCUAACUCAAAUACAACUCUCAAACAUGCGAUUAUGUGACGGCAGUCAGGUUUUUGGCACGGCAGCUCUUGGAUUGUAAAGAAUCGUGCCUUGUUGUGCUCCCACCCCCCGCUCCGUGCCGCACUGGUUCCGUCUGGCUCGCCCUCAGCUGCUGCGUGUCCUGGGAUGACCUGUUGAUGUCGGUAGAAUGGAGAAUGGCAGGGGGAGCGAUUUCCCCCAUCACCAAAAUAUUUAAAUAAGCAACAUUUGGGUUUGACAACCGGCGCCGCAGCACAGCUACCUCGUCCGCACAGGCAAAACUUCGGUGGUGUGCGUAGGCGCACCAUGGCCCAGACCCUCCAGAUGGCGAUCCCAAACUUUGGCAACAAUGUUUUAGAGUGUCUGAAUGAGCAGCGGCUGCAGGGCCUCUACUGCGAUGUCUCCGUGGUGGUCAAAGGCCAUGCCUUCAAGGCCCAUCGAGCUGUGCUGGCUGCUAGCAGUUCUUAUUUCCGGGACCUUUUCAGCAGCAAUGGUGCAGGUGGUAGCAGCAAUGAGACGAGCCCAACCGUAGUCGAGCUCCCGUCGGCUGUACAGCCCCAGAGCUUCCAGCAGAUUUUGGCUUUCUGCUACACAGGCCGCCUCAGCAUGACAGUGGGGGACCAGUUUCUCCUCAUGUAUACUGCUGGCUUCCUGCAGAUCCAACAGAUCAUGGAAAAAGGCACUGAAUUCUUCCUUAAGGUCUCCUCUCCCAGCUGUGACUCCCAGGGCCUUCAUGCUGAGGAGGCACCACCUUCAGAGCCCCAGAGCCCUGUAACACAGACCAGUAACAGUGCAGCACGGCCGACCUCUUGCCUAACGCCGCUCUCUCUGGUAUCUCGAGUAAAGACAGAGCAGCCAGCUAGUCAGCCUGAGGCAGCGACUCCUUACUCAGUGGUCUGCACUCCUGUAGCCAAGCGGCUUUGGGAGGGGGGUAGCAGUCGAGAUGGAGCUGGGGCAGGGUCAGGGGGAGGGGGGGCCAGGAAGGCAGCUCGUUAUUCCCAGGAAGCAGUACGGGGCAGUGCUAUUCAGAGUCCCGGAGCCCUCGGACUGGCCAUGGGUAUGGGUGCCACUGCACCAAGCCUAGCAGGCAUGGUGGCCAGUGGUGGGCUUAGCAGUCUCGGCACCAACGGGAGCUCUGCAGCAGGUCUCGGCAUCUCAGAGGGCGCCAGCCCGGGGACCCUGAGUACCUAUGCUAGUGAUUCACCCAUCAGCUACCAUGAUGAUGAAGAAGAGGAAGAGGGGACAGAUGAAAGUGCUGAAGAGCAAUAUAGGCAAAUCUGCAACAUGUAUACCAUGUACAGCAUGCUCAACAUGGGAGCUGCAGCUGCCGGUGAGCGCGUUGAGGCUCUACCGGACCACACAGAGACACGGGGUCGGAUGCGAGGCAGAGACCUUACGUGUCUCCCCGCAGAACUCAUUGCACAGAUAGGCAACCGCUGUCAUCCCAAACUGUAUGAGGAGGGAGACCCUGCUGAGAAACUAGAGUUAGUCUCAGGUACUUCUGUGUAUAUAUCUCGAGCCCAGCUAAUGAACUGUCAUGUGAGCGCAGGGACCAGACACAAGGUGCUGCUGAGGAGGCUGCUGGCUGCCUUCUUUGACAGGAACACUCUGGCCAACAGCUGUGGAACAGGCAUCCGCUCGUCCACCAAUGACCCGAGCCGCAAACCCCUGGACAACAGAGUCCUGCAUGCGGUCAAAUAUUAUUGCCAGAACUUUGCCACCAGCUUCAAAGAAAGUGAAAUGAACGCCAUCGCAGCCGACAUGUGCACCAACGCCCGACGCGUGGUCCGUAAGAGCUGGAUCCCCAAGCUGAAGCUACUGAUGGCUGAGAGCGACGCCUACAAUGCUUUCCUUCCUGAUGGCGUCAAGAUGGAAGACGACACCCUGGGGGCGGAUCCGACCUUCGACCCCGCCUCUCUGGAGGCCAGUGCCGGUGCUUGCAUGGAGUCAAGUGGCUCUUCAGGUGAAUCGCUACCGGGUGCGGGCGGGGAUGGAGGACAGUUAUUUUGAACAUUUUGUCCCAGGGAAAGUUGAAAUUUGGUGACACACAAACCAGUAUUCCCCAGUUCUGCUUGCCUCCUCACUCUCUGGCCCACGCUGAUCUCUCACAUCUGACUGUCUAUACUACACUGCUAAGGGCAACAGUUGCUGUUUCCCUGAUAUAACCAGGACAUGAAAAACUUAAUUUUUUGCUUUAUGACUGUACAAUGGUUACAGUUAGCUGAGUAAAGGGAGAGAGUAAGAGGAUCUUAAGUUUUCUCCAAAAUGCUCUCUGCCUCCCCUUGUCUUUUUAAGAUGUGUGUAAGCUCAUCCACAUUUUGCAUAUUAAACACAUUCCCUUAAAUACAGAUGGGGGUGUGGGGGGGGUUGCCAAUGCAGACUGAGGAGGAGGGAUGGCUGGAUGGAUAGGCUAGAAGUAGAGGUGUCGAGUAUUUCGAAUGUAAGUGUCAGUGGCAUUUUUCUCUAUGCAAGCCUGACAACUUCCAUGUAUUCCAGCCUGGGAAAAGGAACUGAAUUUGGAAUGGAUGCGGUAAUAAAAUGAGUUAACACUACCUGUUCUUCCUCCGCUUGCACCUUCCACUCACCACCCUGCAAGUAUUUUUCAACCCACGUCGAGACCGGAGAAUCUCACCUGAGUGUUUCACUGUGCAGUGUCUUAUAGAAAUAUAUCUCAUCUUUCUGACUUUUUAGCAUGUUUCUCUGUCUACAAACUGAAAAGUGAUCCAGAGAGAAGGGGAAAGAUUUUUACUGAGAUGAUUGUAAAGAAAAUUCAAGGGCAACAGGUUGUCAGAGAUGGUCAUAUUUUUAGAAGAUAAACUAUAUUUAUAACUACAAGUGCCCAUGCCUAAAGUGGUGUGAGCGUAAGAGGGAUUGUUUUAAAAUCUUGAUCUUUGUGUUUUAUUGAAAGAGGUCUUGUCAAAUAAGGAAAAGUGAUAUUUUUGCAGAAUAAAUGAGUAUAAUUGAACAGUCUUAUAAUAGGACCCUUAGUCAUUUAUUUUUAUUUUUAUUUGAAAGUGCAGAGUGAUGGAAUGAGCAGUUGAACUGCUAAAUUUGAAGCAUUUCAUCUUCUGUUCACAGGCUUAGAGGGAAUAAUAAGACUGAUUCAGCUGGCUUGACUGUUGUCUAUAACCAUUGCUUGAUAGGUUGUAAACCUACAGCGUUUGCCCCUUUUGAUAUAGCAUUGGCCUGUAAUUUUGAAGAAGGCAUGCAGAAAUAAUUGCCAUUAUCAUUACUAUUGAAAGGGAAAAAAAUGAUGACAUUGUUGCACCAAUGCAAAAUUCACAGGAAAUAAUGGAAUAUUGGAACGUGCCUUUAAUUUUAAAUCAAUAAGCAGAUGUUUGGUGGGUACAGUGAUGUGAUAAGGAGGCAAUAUUGCUUUGAAUCCAAAAGGUUUUGUGGUACUAUUUGUGUGUGUGACACAGUUCUUUGGUAAAGGAGAGUCUGUGUUGCUUGGCUGUGUCUUUUGGUAUGUAGUUCAUUCAUGCUUCUAAUGCACCACCUCUUUCGAUUUUGCACCUUCCAUAAGAGAUAAUAGUGGAGGUCUCUGCACCUUAACGAGAAGAACCAGUGGUUCAUGCACCUUUUGAAACAUUGUGUAGCAACUGAACCCCUGUAGGUGAAAUUAGCCUUUUUGGUCGCCUGUUUCUUGUUUAGAAGUGGCACAAAUUCCUACUUAAAAUAAUCAAGAAGACUGUUACGUUGCGUUAAAUCCCAAGUGUUCUUCCUUUCUGUUGCUGGAUGCAUCUGAUUAUGAAAUAUCAACAACUUGCCUUUUUUUUAUGUGACAGUUUAUGUUUGCUAGAAGCUUUUUGUAUGCAUGUUGACCUGUAGAUCACAGGCCAGAACAGGGGAUUCGUUAUUCCUGUUGCAGGUGGUCUGAGUGUAACUUCUUCACCUGAUGACUGAUUACUUUCUCCUUCUGGAAAGGCAUUUCUGGAAAGGUUCUUUUGUGUUUUUCUGAAGACAGGUAUGGCAUAAAAAUGAAAUAGGAGUUAAUGCUUCUUAUUCAAGGCAGUUGAGUCAAUCUUAUUAAAAAAAUAACUAGAGGCAUAGAGAUAGUGCUGAAACUAUUUUCAGUGUUGAGUAAAAUUAUAUAGAUGAGUUUAGCUAAAUGGUAUAUGGACAGAACAAAAAUGCAGUACCUUGUAAGUAUUCCGUUAAGGGUAAUGACAACAAAACCUCAGUAAGCUUUGCAUUUGACUGUAGAUUCUACAUGAUCACCCUCCCCCACUUACCUCUCCAGUAUCUUUGAAGACUGUUGUGCUUCCUGUCCUUCAUGCAGCUGGUGUCAUGUUUCACCUUCACAGGUUUAUUCAUGUGUUUCAGAGAGAUGCAAAGCAGUGGUUUUACGUUUUGAAAUCUGAAUUAUAGUAUGUAUGUUUAAUUUGCUUUGAGGCAUUUACCUGAGCUGAGUUUACAUAAGUUUUCCUCCAACCUUUGUUUUUUUAGGUUUUUUUUUUUUUUUUUAAAUAAUGAUAGUUCUUAAGUUGGCCUCUGCAAGGUCUAUUUAAAUCACCAUAAUCCAUUAUAUAGUUCAUUACAUGAUGUUAUAUGGGAAAAGUAAUUUCAGAUUUGAAAUAUAGCAAAUCUUUAUUCAAAAUAAAUUUACUAUAAUACCAGAUUUCUACAUAGCUGCUUUGGGUGUAGAGUUAAAGGACCAAGAGACUCAAAGCACUCAGGUCCAGACACUGGGACCUCUGGAUUUAAUAUGGGAAAUUGAAUUCUAUAUCUCAUUUAGUGUAAUGCCUACUAAAUCUGUAAAUGUUCCUGCCUAAAGAAAUAAAACCUUUGUUGUGAUAUGCCAAUUUACUGUUGAUUGUGUCCUUAGCAGAAGUAUCAGUGAAACCAGAGUAUAAUUACCAUUGACACUUUUAGAAAAACAGUAAAUCUCCAAUAAAAAAAAAAAAAAAAAUAAAAGAUUUCUAAAAGCUUUAAAUGUGAGAAUCAACAAGGGCUUAAAUGAGUUUCUUACAGUUACCAUGUUACACAGUGACCUACUGAAUGACUGACUCACUUCCUAGAACUGAAAUAUCACCGGUGAAUCUGCACUGUUUCCAAGGAAGACAUGACAGUCUGCUUUCACAACACAGCCGCUCAGCCUCAAUGUCCACUACACUAUUGAGCCAGGCAGAACAUCCUGCUUUUGCGCCUUGUGCGCCUAGCCUAGAGACAUCGGUUUAAGGUCUGUGUUGCGAUCAAUUGAUCGAGUGAAGUAGAAGUAACUGUGGUAUGUGUCAGGGCCAAGUCUAGUAAAUGUUCAAAAAAAAAAAAGAGUCCCAUUACUUACAACUUACUUGCACAGUCUGUUAUGUGCAAUAGGUGUAUGAGUGCGGUUGUGUUUUAUUAUGUCUGCGUUUGAGAAUAGGAAGCUUUCAUGCUUUUUUUUUUUCGGUAUGCUCUGAGCAAAUUGUAAUAUCUGUACCUUUCAACGUAUGUGUUUACACUUUACACAAAACAUGUAGACCUACACACUUGAAUGGAUAAGGUGUGGCACAGCAUGGGGAAACUUUUGUUCACUAAACAGUACAUAUAUAAAUAUGAUUAUACACAUGUAUAGAUAAAUACUGUAUAUUAUAUAUAGAUGCACACAUAGAUCUCAGAUUGUGCACUCGCAGCAUGAGGUAUAUAUUUACCCAGAAAAAAAACGCCUCUUCACAACCUGUGCAGUAAUCGGUCUGACCAUGUCUUUGCCCCUGCUCCUUGCCCUCUGUAGCCCUGUAGCACCAGUAGACAUCCUGUACUGCUCAUCCUAUUCUUUCUGUGUUCCAAGUGCCAAUAACUUUGUGAAAGCCCUGUAACUGUGACCCAACAUUAUCAAAGGUAAUUGCACAUUAACAACUGUAAAAUAAAUACAAAUCAUAGAGAAAAUGUCAAAAUGGAUUAAAUAAUGAAUAUCUUAAUAAAAGAUUUGUAACAAUUUC